AUGGUGGAUUUAGAGAAUGCGACUCAAUUCUACUACAAUCAAACUACAAUUGUCUUUACUGAUAUGGUGGUAAGUCUUUUCCUUUUUUGUUGAUGUUUAGGUAACAGAUGUAGAGAAAGUGGAUGCUAUUGGUGAUGAAGAUGAGAUUUCAGGCGCUUUUCUGAUUUCUUGAAAAAUUGCAGAACGACCCAUGUGUACGGAAUGGAAACUCGACUGUGCCAGCCAUUAUUGCCUUCGUUCUCGGCCUAAUCGUGUACCCAUUGCUCAAGUGUGUGUGUGUGUCAGUUUGCCAGAGGACUCGUCGUCGUGCUCAGAAACGCUACCUCCGUGGACGUGCUAUGGGCCGUGACCAAGCUGAUUUGAACAAACUUAUCGACCAGGCUGUUCAAGACAAUUCGGACUUGGAUUUGUAA